AUGGCAGUAACUGCACCUUUCGAACUUUCAUUAUCUAUCGAUCUAUCUAUCUAUCUAUCUAUCUAUCUAUCAGUCAUUCAUUAUCUAUCUAUCUAUCUAUCUAUCUAUCUAUCUAUCUAUCUAUCUAUCUAUCAGUCAUUUAUGUGUCAUCUUUAUAAAUUAUCAUUUUUUCAAAUUUCUUUAUUUAUAUCUAUUUAUUUAUCUAUCUAUCUAUUCAUCUAUCUAUCUAUCUAUAUAUUCAUCUAUCUCUAUCUAUCUAUCUAUCUAUCUAUCUAUCUCUAUCUCCAUAUCAUCCUAUCUAUCUAUCAUCUAUCCAUCUAUCUAUCUAUCUAUCUAUCUAUCUAUCUAUCUAUCUUGUUAUCUAUUCUAUCUAUCUAUCUAUCUAUCUAUCUAUCUAUCUAUCUAUCUAUAUAUCUAUCUAUCUAUCUAUCUAUCUCUCAUCUAUCUAUCUAUCUAUCUAUUCAUCUAUCUAUCUAUCUUACAUCUAUCUAUUUAUCUAUCUAUCUAUCUAUCUAUCAUCUAUUCAUUCAUCUCUAUUCAUUCAUUCAUUCAUUCAUUCAUCUAUCAUUCAUUCAUCUAUCUAUCUAUCUAUAUUCAUCUAUUUCUAUUCAUAUCUAUCAUUCAUCAUUCAUCUAUCUAUCUUUCUAUCUAUCUAUCUAUCUAUUCUAUUUAUCUAUCUAUUCAUCUAUCUAUCAUUCAUUCAUUCAUCUAUCUAUCUAUCUAUCUAUUCUAUCUAUCUAUCAUUCAUCUAUCUAUUUAUCCAUUUAUUCAUUCAUCUAUUCAAAUCUUUCACUGGACAUUAUUAUCUCUGAGAAAUCACCUAUCUAUCUAUCUAUCUAUCUAUCUAUCUAUCUAUCUAUCUAUCUAUCUAUAUUAAUCUAG